UCGAUUCAGUACAGUAAUGGCUUUCAACGUGUUUUGAAGCAUUUUCUGUAGCGGUCCGCUUUUUUUUACGUGCCCUCUCGUCGCAGUUACCUUUUUGGUUCUCUGAUUUUCGGUUCGUUCGCUCAAAUUCUAGUUUGUUUUCGCUUUGCCUCGACACUGCGCGGUGUGUGCUGUAUAUUUUGAGCUUUGCCACUACAAUCGCGUGUGUGGAGCGGAAUAGCAAAGCAAACCAGCCGCGGAUAGCUAGGUGUUUCGGAAUCCGACUGGAUUUCGCGAGUGUAUUUUGAAAUAGUGCUGUAGAAGUCGGCAACUGAAGGAGAAAAACUAGAAAGGAUAACAACAAUACUAUCUGAAUUUUGUUGUCCUGAGAGCUGGAACCAGAAAAGGAUAUACCGUGUCUGCUGAGUGGAUUCAAAACGUGUGGAGACUACUGUGAAGGAUUGAGAUUUUCGCAAUUUCGUGAAAUUCAGUGAAUCAAGUUUUUCAAGAGGUCACAACAGCAGCUAGGAAGACAGAACACAAAUCGAUUGUGCAUAUGUUUAUGUAUUUUCUGGCUAUACGAAGAGUUCUGCUCCAUAACGCAAUUUGGUGAAAUACGGUAGUGCAAUCAGUUGAAAUAUCCUAGUUGAUGUAAAAAAGUUGCGUUGAAAUAGAAAAUGAUUUGUAAGCUUAUUGAAGCUUCAGGAAAGUUCAUGUUCUAGCAGUGUGAGAUUUGAAACAAAAUCGUGAAAACAGCGACAAAAUGGCUCAUUCAAGGCAUUGAGAACCUAGCGUGAGAAGCAUUCAGGAGUGCAACGGAAGAUUUGUUGAGCUAUAUCUAUUAAGAAACAUCUUUGAAGAAAAAGCAUUCUUCGUGGUGUACAUAGUAGUAACGUAAGUUUAUCGGUGCUUUCUAAUCUUAUCGAAAAAUAAAAGUAAAAAUUGCAUAACGAUGGAUACGUUCAAUACGCCUGCCACCGUUCCGACCGGCGUUGAUAUCGCGCGUCUGUUCGCGAACAAACCCGAUGAUGUCCCGUCGACGUCUUCGCAGCAGCUGAUUCCGGUUACGGUUUCAGCAAACGGUACCGCGACGAUUCCCGCGACGGUAACAUUCGUGAAUCACUCGGGUACGGUUGCGCUGGCCACCGUAGCAGCAGCUGCUGCCGCUGCGGCGGCUUCCGGAUCCGGUUCGUCAUCCGCGUCGAAUCUCGCGCUACUCGGAGCUGCAUCCGCCGCCAACAAUGGUCCUGCCAACAAGAAGUGUCCGUACCAUCGGCAAUGCUACCGGAACCAUCAUCAUCAUCAACAGCAACAGCAGCAGCAACAGCAUGGUGGUAGGGGAGGUCGAACGGUGAACGUUGCUACCGGAGCCGGUUCUACGGCUCUGUAUCCGCAGCGGGAUGCCAUCUCGACCAACGUGACGCCACCGCUAAAUGCUGCCGUCCUGGCGGAGCGCUAUCUUCUGCUGGACAGUGUCGAAGGUAGUUCGCUAUACCGAUGCAUCGACAUCAAAACUCAGGAAGAGCUGGUUUGUAAGAUUGCCAACAACCCGUGCUCAAAUCUACUAACUGCCCAUUUUCGUCUGGAUGGUCACCCGCAUGUGAACUAUCUGCACAAAGUGAUUCAGGGUAACAACCAGACGUACCUAUUUUUCGCACCAUCACAGGGUGAUCUACAUUCGCAUGUCCGCGUCCGGAAGCGACUGCGAGAGCCGGAAGCACGUCGACUAUUCCGCCAAAUGUGUGAAGUUGUCAAGACGUGCCACGAGCAGGGCAUCGUACUGCGUGAUCUCAAGCUUCGAAAGUUUGUGUUUGCCGACAGUGAAAGAACUCACCUGAAGCUAGAGUCGUUAGAAGACGCCGUGGUGCUAGACGACCCGACCGAAGACCUUCUGCAGGAUAAACGAGGCUGUCCCGCCUACGUGUCGCCGGAAAUUCUGAAAGCAAACACCACCUACUCCGGAAAGGCUGCCGACAUGUGGUCCCUCGGUGUGAUCCUCUACACAAUGCUGGUCGGAAGAUAUCCCUUCAACGAUUCGGAGCACGCGUCUCUGUUUGCGAAGAUCAGCCGCGGUCAGUUCACCGUGCCGGAUUGCCUAUCAUCGAAGGCACGAUGCAUGAUUCGUGCCUUGCUGCGACGGGAACCGGAGGAACGAAUAGCCUCGGAGGACGUUCUGUACCAUCCGUGGUUGCAACACGACGACACACGGGAUCAGUUGACCUACGUGAGCCGCUCGAACCCAACCGCCCAUUUGGACGAUCAGUGCGUACCGGAGUGGAUCGAUCCGAGCGAAGAGGAUGUGCACAGUGGUCCGAAUUGUUCCGGAAUGGAUGGCGGAACUAGCAGUAGCGGUGGUGGUCGCUACGACGACACCGAGAUGGUCUAGGCUGUGAUGAUGAUGAUGAUGAUGAUGGGCAGGCAAAAGACCAGAUAGAAGAUUAAGGCAAAAUAGUCUUUUCGAGGUCGCACGCACUUGUUUUAAGAACGCAAUUACGUUAUCUAAUAUUUCAAUUGUUUUUUUUCCUUCUGCUUUUUUGGCACAGAAGUUCUUAGUUCAUUAAGUUUUGCGAUAAGAAGUACAUAUUGAUUUUAUUUAUUGUUUUUAGAAAAUGCCAGAAAAAGGGAAGCUCGCGUUCAUCCUCGCGAAUUAUUUUUAUUUGCAGAGUGGAAUUCUGAAACAAAGAAAAGCCACUGGUCAGCUAGUGAUAGCCGGUGAGCAUGAUCUCAGCUGGUUUCGAGAAAAUGAAGAUUUUUGUUUUCCUUUUCGUCCACUGUAUCAUCGUACAAAUAUUGUGACCAUUUGCGACUCGACGAAUUCGUUUUCUGUUAAAAUUAAAUCGCUUUAGUUUUCUUUCACUUAUUAAUCGAAGUGGUUCUGUUAUUUUCUCUGUGAUAUUUGUUUUCCAUACUGAAUUUUGAAACAAAAUUACCAUGAAACACAUUACAGGGACCAAUAGCACAGCCCCUGAUGGUCUGAAGUUGAAACGAAUUCCAAAAAAAAAAAAAAAACGUAUCCAUCGAGCCACAUUUCAAGCUGAACAUGGCAUUAGGUCCUAAGUAAUAUUGACACAUUUUCUCCGCCGACUUUUUUGUUUGUAUCCCCACGGCCAUGUACAUACAUUCCUAGGUAUUUUCAGCACACAGCUCGAUAAAAGAAGCUUUUAUCAAGCAUCUAAUACGAAAAACACAACAAGAAACGGUUUUGUGCUCAAGUUAUUAACUAAAGAGAAAGCCGACAAAGAGAAUCGAUCAAUGUUACUUAGGACCUAGUGCAAUGUUUAGCUUGAUUCGAUAUUUUCUUACAUUCUUCUCUUUAGUGCAAUUCUUUACCUUCACGCUAUUACUCUUGGUACUAACGAAAUUGUACUUCUUGUUCAUCUGUUUUCUUUUCUUUGUUAACGAUUAAACUGCGCAGUGUACGGAAUUCAGUAAACUUAAUAACUUAUUUAAAGUAACAACUUGUAGAAAAUAACACAACAGACUGAAAUCUUCAAAACGUUUUUAAGUUUUAAAGGUAGCGACGUUUUUUAUGAGAGAUAAAAUAACACAAACGUAAUCACACUUCCUACACAAACACAAGUCAGCGAUUGGUGGAUUAAAGUUAGCCCCCGUGGAGAAUUGAACAACUAUGAAAGUGAUGAUUAUGUCAAAACUUUUAAUUGGAAGGUAAUACGAAUGCAAACUUAAAAUACUUUUAUUUUGCAAAUGUAGCCAUUUUUUUUUUUAUUUGGUUACUCCUACGGAGGUAGAACAGUUGAAAUAUGUGUACCUAUGCAACAAAAAAUCUGAAACGGAUUUUUUUAUAUAUGUAUGUCUAUUGAGUAGCCCUUGAGUUGUCUACCAACGUAGCAAUAACCAGCUUUCAUUAAACUAAUUUGUUCGCAAAAUGCAUGCAUUUCACGAUUGCACUCAUAUCCUACCUCCCCGUAUUUCUUUUUAAAAUCAUCAUCACUUUCAUAGUUCUAUUCUCCAUGGAAGCUAACUUUGAUUCACCAAUUACAAAUUCACUACGCAGAUUUGACUCUUCCCUGGUUUUUUGUUGUUCAUUGGAAAAUAAUAAACGUUUUAAUGAAAAAGCAGCAAAAUGAUAAAUUUGUGAUACCUAAACGCGUCUCGUUCUUGGCCCCAAUCUAAUGAAAGCUGUACAUAAUGGUUACUACCGGAAGGAGUUGCGAAAUCUCUUUGGGCUGCCUUCCUUGGAUAUAGUUUAUCAUUUUCUUUUACUAAAAUUAACUUGUGAUUGAACAAAGAGAAUUAUUUUUAAAGUUAUAUUUCCAGAUUUUUUUAUUUCCUAUAAUAAUAGCGAGCCAAUCAAAUCUUCCGUUUGAAAUCCUGAAUUCUUCCUAAAUAAGUAGAUUUAGUUAGAUUUUUAUUGAAUAGAGGUAUACAACUUACUGCAAAUCAACUACCACAAUGUUAAGACGGAAAGUUUUGAAUGGUAGGUAGGUGCAUGGUCGUUAAUAAGUUGAAGUGAAUGAUAAGGUGAUUCUUAGAUAGAUAGAACAUACACACAAAAUUAAUUAACGUAAUUACCAAUUGUGGAUGUGAACGAAAAUGAGAAUAAAUUUAAUUCGUUAACAGAA